UACCUAAUCCAGUUGUUUGGUUCUUUAGUGGUAGCAUGACAGUACAUUUGCCUCUAUGUGUGUUUGAAACUUAGCCUUUGGACAUGUUUAAUGUGUUGAUCAUCCACUUGGUGUUGGAAAUAUAGUUAUAAAAAUAUAGAUAAAAUUAUUUUGUGUCCUUAUGUUAUUCUGUUUGGCCCUGUUAAGAAAGGGGUACACUUUUGUAGUAUGGUAUUAUUAUGGUGACUGGUUUACAUUGAAAGUACCUCAUUGGCACAUAAACCUAUAGGGAAGAGUGAAUCAUUAAUGGUUAUGACUAUUUGAGAAUAGGGUUUAGCUCAAGGUUGGGCUUCUCUCCUUGAAACAAGCUUUGCCUUGGGCCCUAGAGACCCUCGGAAACUUUGAAGUGUCAGGGGAUUCAAAGAGGGCUUUGACCUUGAGUGGAACUCUACCCUUAGUCUCUAACCCAUUGAUAUUCAUUACUCCUUUUGGGUUUUGUGUUUAAUGACAACGAAAGUGUUUUAAUGUAAAUAUUUACCACACAUAACCACCACAUUAGUAUGACCUUUCAUAAUAUUUAAGUACUGUUAGUUGCUAUAUUUUAUUUUGUCAUUUUACUCACAUAUUUCAUGUAUGAUUGUAUGUAUAGAAUAUUAUUUUUAAUGACUUUAUCUCUUUCUUUUGAACAUGUACAACUAUUGGGCCUGCUGAGUUCUCAAGAAACUCAGGCCCAAACCCGCAUCAUGCACCUGAAAUUUGGAGCCUAUUGCUGUCCCUUCCAGCUGAUUAUUGGGCCUAGCUCUUUCAGGACCAAACCAGAGACAUUAUGAUAUGGAGGCCAUGAUCGAUCAUCUUUUCAAGUAUAUGAACGGUUCAGAAAGGUAAGCGGGAAUAAGAGGGAUUGAGUUGAUGGAUAGGGAAGAGACAAGAAAGAAUAAGUUGAUCAAAAGGGAAUCUGCUGUGUCUAUGGGUACUGCGACAGAGCAAAACUCUGUUGAUUGGAGAGGAAGACCUUGCAAACCCAACAAACAUGGUGGCAUGACUGCUGCUAUCUUUGUAUUGUGCCUUCAGGCAUUCGAAAUGAUGGGCAUUGCAGCUGUUGGGAACAAUCUAAUAACCUAUGUCUUCAAUGAGAUGCACUUCCCUCUCUCAAAGUCAGCUAACAUAGUCACAAAUUUCAUUGGAACUGUUUUCCUCCUCUCCCUUUUUGGUGGCUUUCUCUCCGAUUCUUAUCUUGGCAGCUUUUGGACUAUGUUGAUCUUUGGCUUUGUCGAACUCUCUGGGUUUAUUCUAUUGGCAGUGCAAGCACAUGUGCCACAGCUAAGGCCGCCAAAGUGUGAUAUGAUGUUAAGCAAAGGGCAGUGCAUGGAAGCAAAGGGAUAUAAGGCUAUGAUCUUCUUUGUUGCACUCUACUUGGUUGCUUUAGGCAGCGGCUCUUUGAAACCUAAUAUAAUCUCUCAGGGUGCUGACCAAUUCAAGAAAGAUGAUUCCAAGCAAUCCAAGAAGCUAUCUACUUACUUCAACUUUGCCUAUUUUGCUUUUUGUACUGGGGAGCUUGUUGCUCUAACACUUGUUGUUUGGGUGCAAACUCACUACGGAAUGGACGUUGGAUUCGGGGUUUCUGCAGCUGCAAUGGCCCUUGGAUUGAUCAGUUUGCUUUGUGGAACACUUGUUUAUAGGAACACACCACCUCGAGGAAGUAUAUUCACACCAAUUGCCCAAGUAUUUGUGGCUGCAAUCACAAAAAGAAAGCAGAUUUGUCCAUCAAAUCUGGAGAUGCUUCAUGGAAGCCAUUGCAUUGUGGCCCAACAAAGCCUUUCUGGCAUGUCAUCAAAAGGCAGCACUCUUAUCCAUACGGAUAAGUUCAGGUUCUUAGACAAGGCGUGUAUCAAAAUACAAGAUGGAAGUAGUAGUACAAGUGAAAGUCCCUGGAGACUAUGCACAGUGUCCCAAGUGGAGCAAGUAAAAAUACUAAUCUCAGUUGUUCCAAUCUUCGCUUGCACCAUAAUCUUCAACACAAUUCUAGCUCAGCUCCAGACAUUCUCAGUCCAACAAGGAACUACAAUGAACACUCGCCUCACGCACAAUUUCAAAAUCCCUCCAGCUUCCCUUCAGGCCAUACCUUAUAUUAUGCUUAUAUUUUUGGUCCCUCUGUAUGAAAUCGCGUUUGUCCCCAUGACCAGAAAGUUCACUGGCAAAGAUUCAGGAAUCACGCCUUUACAAAGAGUUGGCAUUGGCCUUUUCAUCGCGACAUUCUCUAUGGUCUGCGCUGCUCUAGUUGAGAAUAAAAGAAGAAACUAUGCCCUGAACCAGAACAGGACACUGUCCAUAUUCUGGAUAGCUCCACAGUUUCUAAUUUUCGGCCUGUCGGAGAUGUUCACUGCUGUUGGACUUAUUGAGUUCUUCUACAAACAAUCAUUGGAAGGGAUGCAAUCUUUUUUGACGGCCAUGACCUAUUGUUCCUAUUCAUUUGGAUUUUAUUUGAGCUCUUUGUUGGUUUCGUUGGUUAACAAAAUAACCUCUAGUUCAUCAUCAGGAUCAGGUGGAUGGCUAAAUGACAAUGACCUCAACAAGGAUAGGCUAGAUCUUUUCUAUUGGCUGUUGGCUGCUCUUAGCCUAGUCAAUUUCUUUAAUUAUAUUUUCUGUUCCAGAUGGUAUUCUUAUAAUCCAUCUCUGUUACCUGUUGUCCCACUGCAUGAGCCACAACCACAAGGACAUGACCCUGAGAACCCAAAUUGAUGUGUAUGGAAUUGGGAAUUAAGCUAACUAUAGCUGUAGCAAUAGAAUGAAAUGAGUAGAAUUAUAUGUUGAUAAUA